AUGGAAGCCAAGUUCUUUCGGUUCUUGAAGAUAGUUGGAGUUGGAUACAAAGCCAGAGCGGAGGAAGCAGGGCGUUUCUUGUACCUCAAAUUAGGUUACAGCCACGAAGUCGAGCUCGCGGUUCCUCCGGCGGUUCGGGUCUUCUGUUUCAAGAACAAUGUGGUCUGUUGCACCGGAAUCGACAAGGACAGGGUGCAUCAGUUUGCCGCUACAGUCCGGAGUUGCAAACCUCCUGAAGUUUACAAGGGGAAAGGCAUAAUGUACAUCGACGAAGUCGUCAAGAAGAAAGUAGGAAAGAAGUCGAAGUGA